ACAAGAGUUCAACGUGUUGGGGCACGCGCAGCUGGAUGACAACUGUUGUAGCAGUCGAAUCAUCCUGCCGUCCGUCCGAGCUGCUCCACCGCCGAGGGGGUACUAAGAAAAAGUUCAUCUUAGUCCCGAAAAGUCUCUACCAUGUGAAAUCUUUUGUCUUCAGGCAGAGAGAGGGUCCGGGGAGCUAAAGUGAAGACAUGGCAGCCUCUGAACUGUACACAAAGGUAGGCAUACCUUGUGGAAAUUGGACAGUUUUAACCGUCCACCUCUUCAAACAGUUUUCAGUUAGAAGCUAAUGUCAGUGAACUUAGCGCUUCUACUUACUUACUCCUCAUGUUCACUUGGAUGUAUGAAUGGAACAUCUUCUUGCUUUUUGUAAGCUCAGUAUACUGUUUUACUUCUGUACAUGUCCGCUGAUGAAAAUUGUCCGUAUCCACCCAGACUCAUGUCUACUGUGUUGACUCAGCCAUCAAUUGGUUUUCAACAUUCUCUUGGUUUUGUCUAAGACUUGUAGCCGUGAAUAAGUGCUUGAAUGGCCCUGACCUGGUUUCCCUUUUCCAUCAGUAUGCCCGUGUAUGGCUCCCAGAUGCAGCAGAAGUGUGGAAGUCAGCAGAGCUUAUCAAAGAUUACACUCCUGGCGACCUGAAGCUGACUCUGCAGCUGGAAGAUGGCACGGUGAGACAUGCAAAUGUCCUAGACACACAUACACAUUCAGUUACACAAGAGGAGACAGAGGCACUGAGGUGGAAAUGGGUGUGUGGUUCCCUGUCAGAGAGCCAUCCACAUAUUUCUCUGCAAAAAAACUGGCACUUCAGCCUCAUAAAUCCCCUGGGCAGCCCUGGUACUUGGUUAUAGAUUCCAAGGUAAAACAAACACACAGAACCACCAAAUUCAACUUUUCAAAGUUAUAAUAAGUUUAAAGUCGGUGAACUACUUGAUGAAACUCAAAGCUGUUUCUGCCUGCAGUGGUAUUGUCGAGUUUAGACUUGCAUUUCAUAAGGCCAAACUGCAAUCAUGAGUGAACAUGAACAAGCCCAGUUUGGUGUUUGCUAAUAAGCUAUAAUGAGACGUACUACUGCUUAGCUUUUUGUGCAUAACAACCUACUCUUUGCUUUUCAUAGUUUUUCCAAAAGAGAGUAACCCAUGUGUUUAAUCUCUGAGCACUUACAGCCUAUGUUGUGUACCAUUUCAGGAAGUGGACUACAAAACAGACCACAAAACUAAAGAUCUGCCACCGCUCAGAAACCCUGACAUCCUGGUGGGUGAGAAUGACCUCACAGCUCUCAGCUACCUCCACGAGCCUGCUGUACUACACAACCUUAAAGUGCGCUUCAUUGACUCCAAGUUGAUCUACACCUACUGUGGUAAAUAGCCUCAUCAUCUUUGACUCACACUAUCGCUGUCACUCUAGACUUUGGAGCCCGGCAUGCUGCUAACUGCUGGCUCUGACCUAAUCUUCAGGACAUUAUGCUGAUAAUUACAGUGCAGGCUGCUCUUAAAGGAAUACACACUGAAAUGUAUUGCAUGAAUCUACAAUGCAUACAAAUCAACUACUGUACAUAUGAGAUUCUCUGUAAAUGCCCAUGCUGUCUGACAACACCUAAAUGAAAGCCUCUCUCCUCGUUUUAUUUAGGAAUUGUCCUGGUUGCCAUCAAUCCCUAUGAGAGUCUGCCCAUCUAUGAAGCUGACAUCAUCAACGCCUACAGUGGGCAGAACAUGGGAGACAUGGACCCCCAUAUAUUUGCUGUAGCAGAAGAAGCGUACAAACAGAUGGCAAGGUUUUGUACACUCCCAGUACGGUCCACGAUGUUACUGAAAGCAAGUGGAGUCUAACCAUUUAUGCUGAUAUCUUUGAAUCUUUGAACGCAGAGAUGAAAGAAACCAGUCCAUCAUCGUAAGCGGGGAGUCUGGAGCAGGAAAAACUGUCUCUGCUAAGUAUGCUAUGCGAUACUUUGCCACGGUCAGCUGCUCCUCUAGUGAGGCUAACGUUGAGGAAAAAGUUCUCGCUUCCAGCCCCAUAAUGGAGGUAACAUUUGAAUAAUCUUACAGUAACUAAUAAUAGAAAAUGAAACAGGUAACAGACAGAUGUUUCCUGUCUCCACUAGGCUCUUGGAAAUGCCAAGACAACAAGAAAUGACAACAGCAGUCGCUUUGGGAAGUACAUUGAGAUUGGCUUUGACAAGAAGCUUUCUAUAACUGGAGCCAACAUGAGAACCUACUUACUGGAAAAGUCUCGAGUUGUGUUUCAGGUGCAUGACACUUUUAUGGAUUUACUUCGCAUGAUUUUAGGUGACUGCCUUCAGUGUCUGAGUGCGGGCCUUCUUCUAUGCGUUCCUCUCCACAGUUAAUCAAUCUGAAAGACUUUAACGUGCAUGUAACAGGAAACAUGUGUUUAUCUUAGCAGGCAUAUAAUAAACAACAUCAAAAGCUAAUUCAAGCGUGUCUGAAAGUCGUCUCUCUGACCCAAUUUUAGGCCUAUGGAGAAAGAAAUUACCACAUUUUCUACCAGCUGUGUGCCUCUUCACAUCUACCAGAGUUUAAAGACUUCAAAUUAGGUAUGAAAAGCAAGAAUAUCAAGAGUCGUUUUUGUAGGAUUAUGAAACAGUUCAAAAUAUAAGUUGCAGAACCACUUAUAACAGUCUGUUUGGUACACACCUGGAAUGUUGUUUGUUUAAAGGUUGCGCAGAUGACUUCAACUAUACUAACCAGGGUCAGAGCCCAGCUAUAGAUGGAGUGGAUGAUGCUCAAGAGAUGUGCAACACCAGGAAGGCUUUCUCGCUCUUAGGUGAGCAUUGGUUGCAUUUACAUUUUGAGUGGGCAGUACUGUAGAUACACAUCUGUACCUUUGUUUUUGAAUUACCUUGCAUGGUUGAUCUUCAUUUAUAACUUUUGGAAUGGCUUUGUUUUCAUUAUAGGAAUCAGUGAUAGUGAUCAAAUGGCAAUAUACCAAAUUCUGGCAGCCAUUCUCCAUCUGAGUAAUGUGGAGGUGAAGGAGCAGUCAGCCGACAAAAGCAGCAUCAUGGUAAUCACAAACAACACGUGACUCCAACAAGAGGGUAUUUUGUAAAGCAUAUUUAGUCAAUGCAAUGUCCAAAUUCUGUACUUAAGGUUCUUUACCCAUGUCAGAUCAGUACUCUUACUGUUUUUACAGCCUGAUAACGCCCACUUGAUGGUGUUUUGUGACUUGAUGGGGGUCCCCCGUGAAGAAAUGGCGCACUGGUUAUGUCACAGGACUCUAAAGACAACCACAGAAACCUUUGUUAAGCCUGUGCCCAAAAUGAGUGCAAUCAAUGGCAGAGAUGCCUUAGCCAAACACAUCUAUGCUCGACUCUUCAGCAGGAUUGUGGCAAGUAUUAACACUGCCUUAAAAUCUACGAUGAAACAACGCUCCUUCAUUGGUGUGCUCGACAUCUAUGGGUAUGUUUUUAUUCACGGGUCUGUAGUUUUUCCACAUAUGUUCUUUGUAUCACCUGAUACUUUAAUGUUUACAUUUUUCCUCAGGUUUGAAACAUUUGACCUCAACAGCUUUGAACAGUUUUGCAUCAAUUAUGCCAACGAGAAGCUCCAACAACAGUUCAACCUGGUAUGUGCCUUUUGUCAUCAUUUUGAAGCCAAAGUGUACACAUUAAUCUUACUUAGGUGUUACUUUCAACAGCAUGUCUUCAAACUGGAGCAAGAGGAGUACAUGAAGGAGGAGAUCCCUUGGACAUUGAUUGAUUUCUAUGACAACCAGCCUUGCAUUAAUCUUAUCGAGGCCAAACUGGGUGUCCUGGAUCUUCUGGAUGAGGAGUGCAGGGUAAAAUCCCACUUGUGUUUGUUCAGCAAAGGUCUAUUCAACUGCUUUGCUCCGGAGGAACCUCCUCCUCGCUGUGUUUGGAAGUUAUGAGUAAGGCCAUGACUAACUAAUGUGUCAGCUCUUCCUGUUUCCGUAGAUGCCCAAAGGCUCUGAUGACACAUGGACCCAGAAACUGUACAACACUCUGCUGAAGCAGAAUGCCCACUUUGACAAACCCAGAUUAUCAAACACUGCGUUCAUCAUCCACCAUUUUGCAGACAAGGUGAAACACAGCCUCAUGCUGGGAGGGGGAUGGGGUGUUUAUUUUCCAUUGGUCCACAAGCCGCAUGGCAUGACAUGGAAAACUAAAUUACAUCUUGGUCCAAAAUUUCAUGCUUUCCUCUGAAAGUAAAAGCUGUGUGAGAAAUGGAUGCAUGAAUGACUCAUGUUUUCUAAUCAAAAGUAAUAAGAAAGUCGAGUGUGAAAUGAUGAUUUCUAAACUUUAGACCCUUACUCAAAAUGUUUGAAGAAUCUUUCAGUUUUAGUGUUGCUAAUCAGCUUGUUUCACACCAUAAAUGAUGACUAUGACCUUCGCUCUUGUAGUAAAAACAUACUUUGUGAACUGUGUCCUUUGUGCGUUUUAGGUGGAGUACCAGUGUGGGGGUUUCCUGGAGAAAAAUAAGGACACAGUCAACGCCGAGCAGAUAAAUGUGAUGAAAAAGAGCAAGGUGAAAUAUUAAAGAUGUUGCUUGUUAAAUGUUCACUCCCUAUGCCUCUUCCUGUCUUAGUCAGGGUUAAGAGAUCAUCACUUAAGCUUUAAGUAAAUAGCUGUAAGGUGUAUAUUUAUGAUGCAAGUCUUUGGGUACACACCCUGGAAUUGUUCGACCACAACUAUUGGAGGAAAUACACCCACUUUUUCAAAUUCAGAUUGAACACACUGCCAUCUGCUGGACAAUAAUAACUCUGAUUUGGUUUCUUGAAAUUAUUCUUUCAGUUUGAUUUGCUGGUGAAGCUGUUUGAAGAUGAUGAAACGACAGCAAGCUCUUCAAACAAGCGCAGCGGUGUCGGUGGAAGAACCGGCCAGAGUCAGAAGGACACUAAAAAGACUGUAGGACUGCAGGUGAGAGCGAGCUGCUGCUGUCUUGGAUUCACCUUUUCGUCUGGUUUAGUUGUCUUUAAGAAAAUAGAUAUCAACCAGAGUGUUAAUUUUAAGAGAGAACACUUAAUAGUUGAUUUUAAGUAUAAGUAAAUUAUUUGAUACUUUAAUAGUUCUUGAUUAAUUCACUAACAUAUCUACUUAACCACUGGUUGUUGUUGUUGUUGUUUUUUACUCAGUUUCGACAGUCUCUUCAUCUGCUGAUGGACACGCUCAACGCUACAACUCCUCACUAUGUCCGCUGUAUAAAGCCAAAUGAUCAUAAAGCUGCAUUUAGGUAAGGGGGUUAUAUGUGAGUGUAUGUAACAUGCACAGUUUGUUAAGUAUACAACAGAUUUUUGUGAACAAUUUGAUCAUUUUUUAAGUUUGGACCCUGUGAGGGCAGUGCAGCAGCUCCGCGCAUGUGGCAUCCUUGAAACAGUCCGGAUCUCAGCUGCAGGUUUCCCAUCAAGGUAGCAUAUAAACAUUAGCAUGAUGUGCUUUAGUGAACAGAAUUAAAUGUUUAUAAGUUACAGAUAAAGUACUGAACAUUCUCCUGUCUUAUCUGAAUAUGAUAGAUGGACAUAUCAAGAAUUUUUUAGUCGUUACCGGGUCCUCAUGAAGCAAAAGGAUGUGCUUCGAGACAGAAAACAAACCUGCAGAAAUCUCUUGGAAAAACUCAUCCAGGUAUGCAUGAAUGAUAUGACAGUAUUCCCAUGACAUUCAUCAAAAAUUACAUAGAAAAACUGAAAUAUCACAUGUAAUAUAUUCCACUCUAUAUCACUUUUUGUCUUUUUUUGCUGUAAGGACCAGGAUCAGUAUCAAUUUGGCAAAAACAAGAUUUUCUUCCGGGCUGGCCAGGUGGCUUACCUGGAGAAGCUGCGUUCUGACAAACUGCGCAUGGCUUGCGUCCGCAUCCAGAAGACUAUCCGCUGCUGGCUGGCACGCAAAAAGUACCUGAGGAUGAGGGAAUCAGCCGUCACCAUCCAAAGAUAUGUGCGGGGUCACCAGGCACGCUGGUGAGCAGAGGAGACAAACAGCUGUUUGCAAAUCAACUUCACCCUCACCCUCAUGCUGCUCUCACAUACUUCUAACAUAUGUGUUUCUUAAUUUGUCAGUUAUGCCAAGUUUUUGCGAAGAACCAGAGCUGCUAUUGUCAUUCAGCGGAUGGUAAGAAUGUGGGUGGCCAGAAGACGUUACCAGCGGCAACGCUCUGCAGCUAUCACCAUUCAGUGCCACUUCAGGACCUACAUGGCAAGAAAGCAGUACUAUAAGGUAAAACCCCUCUUGAUAAAAACUGAAGGUCUUUAUAAACCAAAAGAGGUAUAAAUCCUCACCCUUGAACCCUCAGAUUUAGUAACUUCAAAUAGAAGGCAAUGUAUCAUCAACUUUGAUUUUUGAGUUUAUUUUCUGGAGUCUAAAAAACUUGAGAGGACAUCUUUUUUUGCUGAUGACCUUGUCAUACAAACAGAGACUGACAUUAAUUCAGACCCUUUUGACCACCUUUCAAAUUCAGUGUUGCUAAUGAAAACAAUGUACUGAAUUGUGCUGCAACACAACAGCCUCAGCCUGUUUACUGUCUGUCAGCUGAUGUCACUCACAUGUUUUUUGUUUUAAAUGAAAUUAAUUUAGGGAAGAAUUUAACAGUUAGAGACAAGAUCCUUGUCUUCUCAUCUUCCUUUUUUUCAUCAGUUUAAGUAAUUUCAGUUCAUAAUCUUGUCUUCUGAUUGAAUUACAGAUGAUGUAUGAGCAAAAGGCUGUGGUGCUCCAGAAGUGGGCGAGGGGCUGGUUGGCAAGGGAGCAUUUUCGACGCACCCUGGCAGCCGUUGUCCUUCUGCAGAGUUGUGUACGUCGCAUAAGGGCCAAAAAGGACUUAAAGAAGCUGAAAGUAGAGGCACGCUCAGUGGAGCACUUCAAGAAGCUGAACGUUGGCAUGGAGAACAAGAUUAUGCAGCUGCAACACAAAAUAAAUGAGCAGGUGAGUACUGUGGGGUAUGUACAUCUAGUUUUGUCUGUGUCAGGUACUUGUUUACUCUGUGUCAUACCCUACCAAAAAGAAAGCAACAUGGAAAAGCAACGGGUCAUUUGGGGUCAUUGUAUCACAUGCACAACAUGUGUUUGUUUGUCUCCCUGCAGCAUAGAGAAAACAGAGAGCUCAGUGAGAAGCUGAAUUCUGUGGAGAAGACACAAGCUCUGGAGAAGGAGAGACAGAGAAAAGAGAUUGAAAAUCUCCAUAAGUCAGACCAGGAAGCUAAAUCCAAGGCGGAGAAGCUUCCCUCACUGCUGGAACAGCUCACCUUCCUGCAGCAUGAGCUGGAAAAAACACGCAAGGAGAAAGAUGACUUGGAGGAGAAGUCAAAGGUCUACACUGAGCAGACACAACAGGUAUGUCGACUGCUCCUAAUCAGACUGAAUCCAGCUCCACAGCCUGACACUUUCACGUCACAUCUCAUCUCAUGUUUCUCUUUCUUACAGCAUCACCGCGCUUUUUUGAUACGCUUCAAUACAAAAUACAUUUUAUUUGAUUCAGUUCAAAUGUGCUUUAAUCUCACAUCUUCAAACUGACAUUUUUGCACUGAGAGCAUAAAAUUUUGUUUGCUGCCUCUCGUGUUGGUCACGAGUCAAUUCAUCCUUCUUUAUCUUCAUUGCUUGUUGUGUUUGUUUCAUUUAAUCCAAUAUUUAGGUUUUAGCUGUUUGAUAAAUCAACCACCGUGGGCUGUGGAGUGUAAUGAUAACAUACUGUGCUUACUGUGAACUGAAAAAUUAGAGCUUUGAUUCUGUGAAACAAAUAAGAAGUUUUGACUUUCUGAGAGUUUUAAGAUCUUCAAAUGUCAUUAUUCAUGCCAGUUGAGACUGAGGAAACAUGACUCUGUCUUAUUAUGGUCAGGUGGUAGAAGAGCUAAAUAUGAAGAACAGCUUGUUGACCAGAGAGAAAGAUGAACUGAACAAACACAUUUUGGAGCAGGCCCAACAAUUAUCAGGUACUGAGCAGUUCACCACAAACCUCCACGGUCCUUACAUAACAGCUGAAUUUUGAUUGAAUAAAUGAGCAAACAAAAAGUGUUUUGUUUCAGAGAUUAAAACCAACGCAGAGAUUGCAAAACAGACGGAGAAGGACUUAGCUGAAGAACGCUCUCGCUACCAAAGUCUGCUGAGUGAACACCUGCAUCUGGAGGAGCGACACAGAGACCUGAGAGAGGAGAUGGAUCUCAACAUUGUGAGUAACAGUAGAUUUAAGAUUAUACCACUGAAUCUGUUAUAUGUCUUAAUAUUUUCUUUCUGUUUUUAUCAGAAUCCAGACAAAUCCAACCAAAACAGGAAGGACUCCAUCUACAGCACUUCCUCGGAGUUUAGCCAGAGUUGUGGCUCUACUGAGGGAGAUGACAGCUCCAUACCAACAGAGGUAACACAGACCAUGACAUACCAGGAAGCUCCAAUGUCAGAGCCAUCUGAAACUGAUACUCUGUCCAAAAUAAGUGCCCUUUCCCAAAAUGCCUAUGCAUAAAACUAUCAGACGCAAUGUUUCUGUAAAAUGUGAUUCUUCAUGGCAAAUAUUGAUAUUUCUUUUACAUUAGUAGAGAAUUGCAUGGAAGUGCCCUCCUCUGUGUUUGGAGAAACUCUGGGAGGAUUUUUGCCCAGUCUCUCCGUGUUAUAAUCCUGUUAGUGCAGCAUUGUAGUCGGUUUGUGAAGACAGUCAUAAACCAAAGGCUGGCUGUGUUUUUUUUAGGAUGAGACCCAGUUGACAGUGGACCUGCCAGUCCUCCUGAAGCUCCAGAGAAGAGUUACAGAACUUGAGCAGGACAAACAGUCACUGUGGCAGCAGCUGGAUAAGAAGGAAGAAGUCCAGCAAGAGAAGGCAAAAGUAUGGACAGUCUUGGUUCUUGAUGAAAUAGAAAAUUAUCAGCAGAAAAGAAAAAUUAGUAAAAUACUGUUUUCUGUGCAAUUUGUCCUUGAAUGAUCAACAUUAACAUUUUGUUUUAUGUUUUUUUGAUAAAAGGAAUUAGAGAAACAGAGAACUGCUGGCAGAGCAGAGCUGGAUUUGGAAACAUUGAAGGUUUGGCAAGAUAUCCACAAUGAGUUAAUACACUUGCAUAUUCACAUCUGUUUGAAUUAAAAGCCAGCUUUGUGUUAAUCCGCUCAACAAAAACAGGAGACCAAAAUUAUUUUGCCGAUUACGUGUUUGUUUAUAUUUUGCUCCUCAUGCAGCGUCAAGAGCUGGAGUCUGAGAACAAGAAGUUGAAACAGGAUUUAAAUGAGUUACGUAAGUCUUUGACCAAUGAAGAUAACGAAGCAGCGCCCCCUCCUCCCGGCUCUCUACCCUACAACACUCUGCUGGAGCAGCUCAGCUCUUCUAAUGAGGAGCUAGAGAUGCGAAAAGAGGAAGUGCUGCUCCUGCGGUCACAUAUGGUCCGCCAGGAGGCUCUUAAACAUAAGGUGAGAAACAAGACUGGUGUUAUGCUUAUUUCCUUUAUAUUUUUCUCAAGUUUUACAUACACACUAUUUUAAGUUAAAGUAACUGAUCCUUUAUGAACUGCCCUUUAGGACUCAGCACUUGGAGAAGGUAUCAAUUUAGAUCUUGAUAUUUCCUCGUUUCAAGAAGCUGACCGGUAAGAAAAUGUGGCUAAUACCGAAGUUGAAAUCCAUCAUGUCAUACAGUGUAGUUUUAAACACUGAUGCUGUCCCUGUAGGUCUACUGACAUACACACGCUGAAUGAAGAUGGAGAGCUGUGGCUGGCCUAUGAAGGCUUAAAAGAAACUAACAGGUACUGAAACAACGUCACGCAGAUGCUCAGUUUGUGUCUGUAUCACAUUAACAUGCCUACAUACACUCUCCCUCCAGACUUCUGGAACUCCAAAUGCAGGAGCAGAACCGUGUUCAUGGUGAGAAGAACAGGAAGCUGCUUCAGGAGGUAAACAAGAUGAAGGCUGAAAAGGAGCAGCAGCAGCACUUGCUGGCCCAGAGCCUCCUCUUGCCUGAGGAGGCUCGCAUUGAGGCGUGCCUGAAGCUUGAGAUCACACGGCUGACCACUGAGAACCUGGUGGGUCUUUUCAUAUGAUCGGUUCAUUAUUUUCAAAAAUUCUUUCAAAUGAAAUUCAAUAUAGCUACGGUGAAGCUAUUGAGAUUAUACAAAGAAUUCUUUGAAAAUUAAUGUGAAGUUCUAGUAAUCAUUGUUUUGAUAAGUCGUGUUUUCUUUUUUUAUCAAUUGGGCAAAAAAAGGGUUUUAACCUUGUUGCUGCUCAGAGGUCAUAAUUUCACAGACUGAAAAGUGAACACGUCUAUGUUGAAAAUGAAGGUUAGGAAUUCUCUUAAACUGAAGUAUGAUGUCUACAUCAAUCAGGAUCUCCUGGAGAAUCAAGAGAAACAGGAGAAAAUUAUUCGCAAGUUGAAGAAGCAGCUUAAACUUCACAUGAAAAGAGUUGAAGAUUUUGAGGGUAACUAUAUGGCGCUGAGCUUUUUUGUACAGUAUAUUAUGGUGACCUUAGCAAGAGUAUUUAUCUUCCACCGGUGUGUCUUUGUGAUGUUUAAAAGGCGCUCAGCAGAAUAACCCCUCUGUGAUGGACACUCGUGUCAGAACGGUGCACAUUACACGCAAAGAGAGAGAGUACCAGGGCAUGUUGGAGUACAAAGAAGGUGAAGAGGGCCGUUUGCUGAAGAAUGUGGUUACAGGUACGUUAAACCAGUUUUGUAAUCCAAUUGUUGUCUGAAUUACAUAAAAAGUAGAGAGCUCAUAUUUAUUUGAGGAUUUUGGUUUGAAAUGCCGUAAUCUUCUCAGAUCUGAAGCCUCGUGGUGUAGCGGUCAGCUUUAUUCCUGGACUCCCAGCUUACAUCAUCUUCAUGUGCCUACGAUAUGCAGACAACAGGAACAAUGAUCAGAGAGUCAGCAAUCUGCUCAAUUCCACUAUCAGCAGCAUCAAAGGGGUCAUAAAGGUGGAGUAGAUGGCUUUUAUCUGUUUACCAAAAGUGUCAGGUGCUCAAUUCUGAAUGAAUUAUCGCUCUGUUAUAACAGCGGAGAGCAGAUGACUUUGAGGUGGUGUCUUUCUGGCUGGCCAACACAUGCAGAUUAAUGCACUGUAUAAAACAGUACAGUGGAGAUGAGGUGAGAAAACCUUGAUACCAAGUGCUUUCAUUCAUAAUUUUCCCCUUUUAACUGAAUAUCUUAACAAUCUCUUCAUUAUGUAGGUUAUUAUGAAGCAAAACACAGCGAAGCAGAACGAGCACUGCCUGGCCAACUUUGAACUGUCAGAGUACCAGCAGGUUUUUGGAGAUCUUGCCAUCCAAAUAUACCGCCAGCUGAUCAAAUGCACGGAGGAGCUCCUGCAGCCCUUGAUUGGUGAGGUCACACAAAAUCAAACUCCUUAUUCUUCAGAUACUUGAUCAUAGCAAUGAGCCAGCCAUCAAUCUGUGCGUUUACAGUGGCCAGCAUGCUGGAGCACGACACCAUCCACAGUGUGUUGGGCUCCAAACCGACAGGCCUGAGGAAGAAGAGCAGCGGUUCCUCGGACGAGGGAGCUGUCACGAUGGAUGUUCUCCUGCAGCGCCUCGGCCUUUUCCACAACACCAUGAGUCAGCACGGGAUGGAUGCAGAGCUCAUUAAGCAGGUCGUCCGGCAGCAGUUUUACAUCAUCUGUGCUGUAACACUCAACAACCUGCUGCUGAGGAAGGACAUGUGCUCCUGGAGCAAAGGCCUGCAGAUCAGGUACAGCUUAGCGUUGUUGUGAGAUUGUUUCUAAACCUGUUCACAGUUAUGCAUAUCUUUGUAGUACUUUUUUUAGGAAAAGAUUAUACUUUCCAAACAUGGCCCUGAGCAGGAUAUUUUUGUUUUCAAGCUCAAUCCAUUUACAAAAAGCAAAAUGUAAAACCUACCGUCAAUCAGUGAACAUAUAAACUUCUUUUUCCCUGUUUACUCCCAAAGCCCUGCGUCACACUGUCUGUUCCUGCAGACAGUCGACAAAGUGGAUUAUAAAUUCACAUUUUACUCUAAAUGGAAUAAUUACAUGCAGGCAGCCUCACAGGUGACAGAGUAUCUUCUGAAGAUGUAGAAACCACACCAGGAUUGAGAGCAGAAGGAUGCCUUUUAUGUUUAUCAUCAUAUAAACGCAGUGGAAGUGUUAAUAUUAUCAACUGUAAAAACAGUAUUAAUGUUUUCUCUGUCUUAGUUGUGUUACUGGGUUCUUUAGGACUGACAUCAGAUUCAAGUUAACCAUUAAAACAGUUUUGGGGCUCAGUCUGAGAAGUUUGUUUUCAACGUGCCUGGCUGCAGGUACAGUAUUUGGCAGCUGGAGGAGUGGCUGGCAGAGAGGGAGCUGGUGGACUGUGGUGCCAAGGAGACUCUGGAGCCUCUCGUACAGGCCGCACAGCUUCUACAGAUCAAGAAGAAGGAUGAGAAAGAUGCCAAGGAUAUUUGUGAGAUGUGCACCGCCCUCACCACAGCACAGGUGUGUCAGCAGUAAAUACACAGCAGUGUUGCUACGUAUAAGCGAAAUGUUGACAGUGCAUCACUGUUUGUUUUAUUGUUAUAUUUUGUUACAGAUUGUCAAAGUGCUGACCUUGUACACUCCAGUAAUCGAAUUUGAAGAGCGAGUGCCAACAUCUUUCAUCGCAAUUAUUAGAGUGAGUAGCCGGAGAGUAUCUUAGUUUUUAGUUAAAUCAUGUUAUAUGAGAAUUUUUAAAAUGUUUCUUUAUCUUCAUUUUAGAAUCUCUUGAGAGACAGAGUCGAGUCACCCACCCUAAUGAUGGACGCGAAGAAGAUCUUCUCCAUCAGCCUUCCCUACACGCCCUCCUCUGUGGCUCUGGAGACCAUCCAGAUCCCUGCAAGUCUAAAUCUGGGAUUCCUCAAACGCAUCUAGAUUAAAGACUCUUUCUUAGUGACACUCUAGGCUGGCAUUAUUUAUCAGAAUAAGAAUAUCACACACACACACACACACAUAUACACAUCUAUGUAAAGCUUUUUCAGCGCCACAAAGCCAAAGAGUUUUUGCUGAGUUAACAGUAAAUUACAGAAAAACUUCUCAAAAAU